AUGAUCUCAACAAUGCCAAAAAAGGCGACCAAGGAUACGAAGAGGGAGAAGUUGGCCUUUCACGGAACGAAUAUGCUCAUUGGUAGGCACUCAACCUCGAACGAAGAACUCUGGGCUGCAAUCGAACCUAUCGCAAGCUCUAAGGACGACUGUAAACGCUUCAAACACUGGAUCACACUGUACCACAACAAGGAAUGCACGGGAACGGUCGCUUCUCUGAAUGAUGUCAACCUGAAGACGGUACCAGUCGAGUUAAGGACGCUCACUCACCGGAUGCUACGGUGGCUUGCCCUGGUCGUCUGGGAGAAGAAGGGCGGCUUUGAACUCGCGAAGGGUGGAGAAGAAGCUGAGCAGCAGAACGACAUCAACAAGAAAUGUUCCAUCAUGGAUGCCCUCCAGGAGCAAGAAGAGUUGCAAGGACCGCAAGCAACGGGAGCAGCCAUCGUCCAAGAGCAAGCUGAGGAGAAUUCGUCGUCUGCAAAACCGGUGGCAGGAGGAAAGCAAUACUCGAGCAAGAGGCACAAGACGAGUGCUAAUGCAAAGGACGAGUCAGAGGACGAUUCAGAGGGGCAUCGUGUGUAUACAAUAAAGGAAGUUCGUCAGAUGCUUCUUAUCUUUUCCCAGAGGAUCGAAGAGCGGUUUGGAUGA